AUGGGUUCAAAUGCAGGAAAUGAUAAGCCCCAUGCUGUAUGCGUACCAUAUCCAUCACAAGGUCACGUAAACCCUAUGUUCAAACUCGCCAAGCUUCUUCAUCACCAAGGAUUCUACAUAACCUUUGUUCACACAGAGUUUACUCGCAAACGCUUGCUCAAGUCUAGUGGCCCUGCCGCCCUUGACGGCCUACCGGACUUCAGGUUCGAGACCAUUCCCGACGGCCUGCCGCCUUCAGAUGCCGACGCCACCCAAGACAUACCAUCAGUAUGUGAAUCUACAUCAAGAACUUCUUUGGCCCCUUUCUGCAGCCUGCUGACAAAGCUCAACAAUUGCUCACCGAAAGUGCCUCCGGUGACCUGCAUAGUGGCUGAUGGGGUUAUGAGCUUCACUGUCAAGGCGGCUGAACAAUUUGGAUUUCCGGAAGUGCUGUUCUGGACGACGGCUGCGUGUGGUUUUUUGGGUUAUACGCAGUAUCGCCAUCUUGUGGAUAAAGGCUACACACCUCUCAAGGAUAUGAGCCAGGUAACAAAUGGUUACUUGGAUACAACCCUUGAUUGGGUUCCUGGAACAAAGAAUAUUAGACUGAGGGAUUUCCCUAGCUUCAUCAGAACAACUGACUCAAAUGACUUCAUGCUCAAUUUCAUGAUGAGUGAAGUUGAGGCGGUUCCCAAAGCCAAAGCAAUUAUUAUCAACACAUUUGAUGCAUUAGAAAAAGAUGUUUUGGACGCGCUCUCAGCCAUGUACCCUCGCAUUUACACAGUCGGGCCUCUACAACUGAUGAUGAAUCACAUUCAUGACGAAAGGUACGAUUCUUUGAGCUCGAAACUGUGGAAGGAAAAUUCGGAAUGUAUUGACUGGCUGAACACAAGAGAACCAAAUUCAGUCGUGUAUGUGAACUUUGGGAGCAUAACUGUAGUAACAGCACAGCAGCUGGCUGAAUUUGCAUGGGGACUUGCCAAUAGUAAGAAGUCAUUUUUGUGGAUAAUUAGGCCCGAUAUCGUUGCGGGCGAAUCAGCAACGUUGCCACCUGAAUUCGUGACAGAAACGAAAGAUAGAAGCAUGUUGAUCAGCUGGUGCCCACAAGAACAAGUUCUAAAACACCCUGCAAUUGGAGGGUUCUUGACCCAUAGUGGGUGGAAUUCGACUAUAGAAAGUAUAGUUGGGGGCGUGCCUGUGAUUUGCUGGCCUUUCUUUGCUGAGCAACAAACGAAUUGUAGGUACAGUUGUGUGGAAUGGGGUAUGGGAUUGGAAAUAGACAAUAAUGUGAAGCGAGACGAAGUGGAGAUGCUCGUAAAAGAGCUAAUGGACGGCGAGAAGGGAAAGAAAAUGAAGGAGAAAGCUAUGAAGUGGAAAAAGAAAGCAGAGGAGGCAACUGAACCUGGUGGCUCUUCCUACAUGAAUUUGGAAAAACUUGUCAAGGAGGUGCUUUUACAUUAA